GGUUAUGUUAAAACCCAACUUCAGACUUUGAUGAAAGAGUAAAAGUACAAAUCCAUGGCCUCCAGCGGAUGCUCGAUCUUAACAUUGGCACUUGCUGCAGUGUUUUCUGCUUCUUCAGCAAUCUCCUGUAUCUUGUUUCUCUACCUUUUUUCUUCUUUAUUCUUUUUAUGUAGUUACCUUGAACUUUAUUUCAUAUGUAUCUGCAUGUUCACCUUCUUUCUCUCAGUUUUUAUAUAUAGGAAAAAAUGGGUAGAAUCAGAUUCUAAGGUGAAAGAGCUUCAAAAAUCUCUUAAUUCUGCUUUGGAAAAAUGUGCUGCAGAGAGACAAGGUCGCAUUAGGGCUCAGCAGGCAUUGAGGAAAGCAGUAGUAGCACAACCCAAGUGUGAGAAUUCAGAAAUGACAUCGUAUCCAAUGGCACCUAUUGGUGUCAUUCAAUCUUGCUUUUCUACAAGGAAUGGGACCCCCAGGCAACCUCUACUUGUCCCUCUAGCGAGGGCGUGUUUGGUUUUUGAUUCAGCUAGAGUUCCUCCCGCAUCUCUUGAGGGCCUUGAAGAAUACUCUCAUUGCUGGAUUAUAUAUGUGUUUCAUUUAAAUACAGAUCUGGAGAAGUUAUGGAAGCAUCCAUCUAAAUCAAAGUUUAAGGCCAAGGUCAGAGUUCCUAGAUUGAAAGGUGGAAGGAUGGGAGUUUUUGCUACACGAUCUCCACAUCGACCAUGUCCUAUAGGACUCACUGUAGCAAAGGUGGAGGCAGUGCAAGAAAAUAUGCUUCUACUCUCUGGCGUGGAUCUAGUUGAUGGAACACCUGUACUGGAUAUCAAACCAUACGUACCAUACUGUGACAGUAUUGAAGGAGCAGUGAUACCUAAUUGGGUCAUGGUAGACAGUAUGUUAUCAGUUGCUUCUGUUAGCUUCUCUGAUGACUUCCCUUCCUCACUCCUGGACUGCUGGAAAGCAGCGGCGAAGAAUUCCCUCUAUUCAUCACCAGAUGAGCUUAAAAGCUUGGUCAAACAAGUGCUUUCUUGGGAUAUUCGAUCACUGUCUCAGAGAACUCGACCUCAUGAUACUCUCAUAAAGAUAGGAAAUGGUGACACCUCAGAUAACACUUCAGAUAUGAAUGAUUUUGAAGAUGGAGAAGCUUCUGGGCAUGGAAGUGAGCUGGCUCCUUCUGGAGAGAUAAUUUAUCACCUGAUUUUGGAUGGAAUGGACUUCUCUUACAAAAUUGAUUGCAAUGGCAAUGUCAUUGUAGAGAAAGUCGAUCUUUCAUCCCGCAUCCCUUUUGGUAAUCAAAAACGUUGUAAUUACCUGAUGUGGAAAGACAAACUUAUGUAAUUGUUUGCUUUUUGAAGCAUGAUAUUAUUCCAAUUCUCAGUACUCUUUAUGUUGAAUUUCUCAUAACAUCUUUAUA